ACUGGAGGCAGUCUCAAGAUGCGAAAACCAAACAUCGCGAGAAAUCCCCAUCGAAGCCUGUGCUGUCGGUGUAAACUCUCGCGAGAUCUUCUCUCCGUUUCUCCGCGUCCAAAAUCGGCUGGUGUCAUCUCGCAAGGACUCCAGAUUCUUUUUCUCAGCUAUAUAGUCUUAUUUCUCAAGGCUUUCAGUCUUUUACCUCAGUGGAUUGUUCUACAAAAAGGACUUGCAGCUUUCUGGAUUGUGAUUGGCUAGAGGAAGCAAAACAUUGAAUCAUGGGGAAUAUUUUUGGCAAUCUGCUGAAGAGUCUAAUAGGGAAGAAAGAGAUGAGAAUUCUGAUGGUUGGAUUAGAUGCUGCUGGUAAAACCACCAUCCUUUACAAACUGAAGCUGGGAGAGAUCGUCACCACCAUCCCAACCAUUGGCUUUAAUGUGGAGACAGUGGAGUACAAGAACAUCAGCUUCACUGUGUGGGAUGUGGGUGGUCAGGAUAAAAUCAGACCACUCUGGAGACACUACUUUCAAAAUACACAGGGUCUUAUCUUCGUGGUUGACAGCAAUGAUCGGGAGAGAGUGAACGAAGCGCGGGAGGAGUUAAUGAGGAUGCUCGCAGAAGACGAACUGCGUGAUGCUGUUCUUCUUGUCUUUGCAAACAAACAGGAUCUGCCAAAUGCUAUGAAUGCAGCUGAGAUCACAGAUAAACUCGGCCUCCACUCGCUCCGCCACCGCAACUGGUAUAUACAAGCGACCUGUGCGACCAGCGGCGACGGUCUGUACGAAGGGCUCGACUGGCUUGCCAAUCAGCUCAAGAAUAAGAAGUGAGGGGCGGGAUUUUCAUUAGGUGGCCGUCUCUCGCUUUGGGAAGGGGGGUGGGACUAAUUUGGCCUUUGGAAUCCUUAUGUUUGAUUUUUCUUUGUUUGAUUUUUUCUUUCUGGCAAAUACAGUAUGUGGUUUAUAGAGCCUUCUAUGCUCUGUGUAAAUCAUCUGUAUGUAUGUACGCACACGCAUUUCAAUGCACACUCGCAGAUCAACAGUUGUCUAACUUUCUCUGUUCACUUUCCAUUUUCACUGUAUAAUGAACGCCGGUCAGUACAGUGUCGGUAUAUAGCAUCAACAUUUGGUCGAUAUCAUCACCGUCUCUCCCACACUCACUCACUCUUUCCAUGUUUACAAUCAGUGAUCAGUGUUGUCCUUGACUGCCAUGAAAAAGAUAGCUAGCUAUGGUCUCAGCAUGCUCAUGUGUUACGUAAUAUGCUUAUGUGUUUCCUUGUAUUGUCGAAAUGCUCUGUUUUUAGGAGAUGCGAUUACGAUGCAGUUUGCCUCCUCACGCACACACAAUACCCACAGUCUACGAGCCCCGCGGUCUGUGAUUGCGUUAGAUACCCUGCUGUGUUUUGCAUGGCUCUUUCUCUUGGUGUCGUGUGUUAAGCGUUGUGGUGUAGUAGAGGUUAGAUCUGCAUGUGUGUGUUUAGUCACACAGAGCUGGCUGGUGUUGCAUGCUGCUUUGUGGCUGUGCUGUACUAGAAUGGACACAGCGAUUGGAUGCUGUAGAACGAAUGUAGUUUGUUUCUGAAAACUUCCCUCGCCUAAAUUAUGAGUCAAAUGUGGUGCUUUUGAUAGUCCAUCAUAAACCAACGCAUUCGAGUAAAGCUGUAAAUAAAGCUUUUUUCAAUCAAACGCCCCCCUUCACUCUGUUGUACUGUAGAAUUGACUUGGCUAAUUGUUGCAUGGGUAAAACGGUAGUAUUGUUUCAUAAGAAUCACUAGCAUUGUCUGCAUGGCAUGCAUGCUGUGCUGAUAGAUAGAUAGAUAGAUAGAUAGAUAGAUAGAUAGAUAGAUAGAUAGAUAGAUAGAUAGAUAGAUAGAUAGAUAGAUAGAUAGAUAGAUAGAUAGUGAAAUGCUGUUUAACCUAGUUGCUAGUACUAAUUUGCCACUGACAUGAUAUAUAGAUUGUAAUGACACUAAACUGUUGGCUGUUGUUUUGCUUUUGCUCUCUGACAAUUUGAAUCAUAUUAACGAACAGCAUAAAAACAGCACACAUGUACAAAAAACCUUGGUAUGUCAGUGGUCUGCGGCAAACUGCAUAAUAGCGCAUCUCCCUCUGUGUUAGAUUGUUUGUUUCAUGUACGGUGUGUUUUGUGGGUUCAGACUAACAUAUCACCCCCAAUGAAUGUGAAUUUUGUUGACACAUUUUGGCUUUAUUCAUGGCGUUUUUUUAUUAGUAUAGGCUAGUUCAGAAACAAGAAAAAUAUAUAGA